GUCGCUCAGUAAAAUCCCCAAGUGGAGCAAGUUGUCAAAAUCAGCUGUUUGUCACAACAAAGUGACACAUGUUAUCAAACAAAACCUUUUUUAUUAUUAAUCAGUGAAUGCUUUUUUCCGCAAUGUUUAAUCCCGACUCGACCUGACAUGGAUCAGUUAAUUACGAGCCUUGAUAAGCUCCUGAAAUACAAAAACGAGGAUCCCUCCCGUUUUUACACCUUCUUGAGCGAUUGCACCGAAACCGAUGAAAAACAAUGGGAAAGUUUGAUACCUAAAAUUUACUAUCUGUAUGAUAGACAAGUUUUACGCAAAGAUCUCGUUUAUCUUUCAUUGUUGGCGAGCCAGAAUCACGCUCUUUUACGGAAAUUUGUUGAUUACGAUAAGUCUAUUUACGUUUUAAAUGUUGCCGAUCCAGUCUCGCUUUACGAUUAUUAUGUUUACAAGGGGAAACACUGGGUUUAUGAGAUAAUAGACAAUCCGGGCAAUCAUGCGAAACUUGUUGAUUUGAAAAAUAUUUACAAUAAAUUCCAAAUGAUAAAAUACGUUAAAGAGACAAACACGUCUGUUGUUGACCUCGACCAGCUUGAGCGUCUCUCCCACGCAAUAAAUUUCGAGUUUUUGGACGAUUUUUGGAAAUUUUACGUCGCCGAGAUAACGCGAUUUAUCACAACAGUAAAGUUUUGUAAAACUCUCAAACCGGAUGCAAACGAUUCAGAUUUAUUUGUUUUCGCGAGUAAAAACACACAACUUGAUACUUUAUCGCGUUUCACCGACUUGAGCGAUGCCACACAAUGGGAAAACAUCUUAGCUAAACUAUGCAAUAAUUGCGACCAAUUUAACAUUUUCACCGGCUUUGUGAUACUCGCGACUUUGAUCAAUCUCCUAAUAGACAAUUACAACACCAAUUUGAAAAAAGAUCACGUCAAUGCCCUCUUCGAAACCGUCAAAACCAAACUCAUCGACUUAAAAGACAAGCAAUUACAGAUCGAAUUACUCGAGAAUAUUUUCCGCUUGAUGUUUCACCGAAAGUCGCACGAAUUCACUUGCAAAGAGAAAGAAAUCCGCUUCGUUUUGUUUUUACUAAAGUCAGUAACAGAGGAAUUAAAAUUGAAAAAAGUCUACGAACGCGACUCCGAACACUAUCGAAGACUCUCAACUCUCUCGAUUUACGUAACGGACGCCUUGUGGCGUCUCGACUUGAUCCUCAACACAAAAAACACCCCAAAAAUACAAGAACAACUCCUCAACUACAUGCUCGCACCUCCGGAGUCCCUCAUCCACAUCUGCCUCAAACGGCACAACUUCGAACGCGCCCACCAGGUGAUAGAGAUUUUCGAUCUGAGGGACUCUGAUCUCGCGCAACAAGUCAACUACUCGGAAACUUUCCUCAAAUUCAGGAAAUUCCUCCGAAAAAACGGCAAAUUGGCGCAAACAGUCACCGAAUUUUUCGAAUCAAAUUCGCCAAACGAAAUUUUUACGAAUAUUUUCGAUCUUGCAAUCACCGGAACCCAAACGUGGGACGAAUCAGAAAUUUUGCUAAACCUAGCCGAAAAAUUCAAUUCCGACGAAACGCUCCCUUCUAGUUAUCUCAAUUUCUACAAACGAGUGACGGAAAUUGGGCACGAAGUGGGCCCCAAAGACAACAUUUCACUGCCCCAGAUUCUAAUUUCCCCAAACUAUCCCUUGGAUGUUAACGUCUACAAAACCAAAGUGGAAUUUUUCCAAAACUUGGCCCGACUUUAUGACGAAUUUAACGGUCAAAACCGCCCUAAUGAACCCGGGAGUUUCAAUAAAAACCACCCAAAUCACAAAACCUUGCUCAAAAUGAACGAACUGAUCGUUAAUUACCUCCAAGAUCGGGACACAACGCAAUACCUCGCCCGCAUUUUCAAUUACUUGAAAGCCUUUUCGAAAAUUUUGUACAUCGAGCAGAACAGUUCGGACAUCAUUUCGAAGGGAAAAAACUCGUCUUACUUCGACAUUUUCAACUUCAACCGCUCGGAAUUGACCGGGAAAUUGCUGUUCGAGCGUCAGCUGGACCCGACUGAGUUUGAAAAAUACUUCGGGAAACUCAAGUUGGAUUUUUUGUACCACGUGGUGGGGAAUUGCUUCCCGACGAUUAAUCUCCACGUGCAGGAAAAUGUGACCAUUGAAGAGCUGUACCAUGAUAACAUGUUGUACAUUCCGAGCCGCAGCAUAAUUGUGUACAUCCAGAAACGCAACUGGUUGCUUGCCUUUAUCCUGAACGAGAUGUACAAAGUUGAAGGAGUCAAAAUCGAUAUUAGCGAAGUUCGCUUAAGGACGUUCUUUAAUUAUUUAAAAUCGCCCAGAAUCCAGCACUUGAAGGCGCUUUUCGACAAAAACGACAUCAUCGCAGCGCUCCAGAACUGCAUAAAUGCCCAAAAAGUCAAGUUAUAUUUCCGCGAACGCAUUAUCGAGCAUGAUCUAGUCUCGAUCCAGUCGCAAAACAGCAGCAAUUCUGACGGUUUUGAAACCGGGGAAGAGAUUCAAGAAGACGCAAAAACGACCAACUGGAGAACCCUCUACGAUAUUAUCGAAAGCAUUCCGGAAAAUCAGAUGAAGAAAAAGUCAGACUUGAUCAUUUGCAAGGACAAUGUUCUGGUUAACAUGGUGCAAGACGGGUUCGAGCCCGAAUAUUACAAAUACGCUCAUUUUAUUACAAACAGGGACUUGCGGAUUGACACGAUUUUGAGCAAUUUUAGGAAAUGGCCGGGGAAAUUCGCCGCUGAUAUAAUCAAAAGUGAGAUUAGUAGAUUCGAUUGUUUGAUGGAUUCGAAAAUGGAGACGUUGUGUGGUUGGUUGCAACAAAUUGAGCUCAACGAAGAGCUGAAAAGCGUUUUUGAGGUGAAAUCGUGGUACAAGAGCUACGCUUUUUGCAAGGAGGUGCCCGAAAGCGCCCUUGAAAAAAUCCUGCUAACGAAUAAUGUGGACUUUUUGCUGGACUUCGUCCAGUUGUACCAACCCUCGCCCGAAACCGUCUGCAAAAUCAAUUCGAGUUACUUAACCCGAAUAAUGGACACGAACAUUCCACUCGACCGGAUAAAAAAACUGCUCGAUAGUCUACCCUUCGAGCACGCCAUAGACAUGUGCCAUAACUUACUCACAAUCUUACACAACUUGGAAUAUCUACAAUUCAUCGCCGAUUAUCUAAGCACCAACGUUUCGGACGACUUAUUCCUAAAGAACGUCCAAAUCAGUUUGAAAAUGCUCUCGGUCUUCACACCACUCGAGCAAGACCAACUUUUCUGUCUCAUAAACGAACCUUUGAGCAUCCUCGAAGUGCUCCUAAUGAACACAAAACUGGACAAACUCGCGGCUAUUUUAGACUUGCUAAACGCCCACAAUUUAAGCGACUUUAGCGAGGUUAUAACCACAGAGAAAAUCGACGAAUUGUUGCGGAAAUACGCCGAGAAGAGCUUGGAUUUUCGCGUUAUCACGCACCCUAAUCCCGGCUUAUUUAAAACACCGGAGCCGAAAUUAUUACAAUCGUUGGACUCGCUUAGUUUAAUGUCCGAUAAACGCCAGUUUGUCGUCCCUGAAAACGUCCCAACUAAGGAAGAGUGGGUUCAAAACGACGAAGUCGUCGAGUGCAUGUGUUGCCACCAGGUCACUUUUUCCAUGUUCAAUCGGCGGCACCACUGUCGGAGAUGUGGCCGCGUUGUUUGUUACAAUUGUUCCUUGAAACGCAUGUUCGUGCCCACUUAUGGCGACAUUCUAGUGAGAGUUUGCUCCGACUGUUAUAAUCAGACAGUCGGGGAGAGAAACGACAGCAAUUCGGACAAAAGCCGCUCCUUUAUACAGGAAUAUUGGCUCUUGAACGACGACCCCGAACAUAAUAAAAUCAUAAGAGAGGAGUUCUCCUACGAACACGCCCCUAGCACCUCUCUGUGUUUCUCAAUCCUGAGAUAUCACUCCAAAAGUAUCGAAUAUCCCAAGUUUUUAUUAGAGCAGUGUGAAGUCAUGUUGAAGUUAUUGCAACCGAAUCAAGAGGCGGCCCAAGAAAUUGACUAUCUCCUCGUUAUAAAAAUGUUAAAGUCACUCGCUAUGGCGGCCAAGAUGGUCUCGACUGAAAAUAUGCUCCAAUCGGGUGCUUCCAUGGCCGACCGGAUUCUCUCACAGGCCGAACUUUUGGCCCUUUUGGCAGAACGCGGCUGUUUGAAUCUUAUGCCGAGUCAAAAUCUUUACGUCGAUGCUAAUGUUUUGCGCCGAUUGCGAGAUAAAUUGCUACAGAGGGAGCAGUGGAAUUUGGCCCUGGAGGUGUCCACCAAAGCGGGACUCGACAAUACCGGGGUUUUUGCCGCCUGGAGCAAGAGCUGCCUUAAGGCGGGCAGCCUGCUCCUAGCCCGCGAAAAGUUCCAACGCUGCCUUGACAAGAACAGCCAAUACGAAACCUCGUCAAAUUUGAGCCGACUUUCCGAGCUCAAUUCGAGUUUAGAUAGUUUGAGUUUGAGUCGAUCUCGGAUGAGUUCACGAUUCUCAAGCGGAAGUUUCACCUUAGACAAUAAACCAGCUAAAGAUCCGCCCCUCUUGUACGAAAUCAUCCAAAUUUUGGAAACCAAAACGCGGACUAUAAACCCGAAAGUUGUCGAAAAAGCCCAAAGUAUCAAGAUUUCAGGCUCGGUCACGAGCCUCAACCAAAUAUCAUCAUCGUACACCGUGCACAUUGACACAGCCUUAAGCAUCGUAAACCGGGUCAAAAAUUUGAAAGAAAUCGCAUCGGGGAAUUACUCACUGACCGCAAGCAAAAAAUUCAAUUGUUACACUAGUCGGCCCACAAUCGACCCGAUUUUUUACGAGGAAUGUAUCUAUUAUUUGGGCAAAUACGGGACGCAUUUAUCGCUACUGGAGUUUUAUAUCAGGCAUGGGGAAAUCCACACUGCCCUCAUAUACAUACUCGAGUGCCAUCUACCGAGCGAAACCUUCAUCGAAGUCUAUAUGAAGUGCCUUAAAGACGGGAUCGUAACAAUUUUGCAAGAGCACAUGUCACGGAUCGACUCAUCGCUCGAACUGUGGAAAGACCACUUGAAGAAUUUGUGUCGCCACUUGGAGAAGCAACAAUUAUUGAACUGUUUGUACCAGUUGCAGCUGUACAUCGGCGACUAUGUGCGCGCUUCGAUGACUUGUAUCCGAUUCUACCAAGACAACGUGAAAAGUUUCACAGAACUUGCGAACAAUGUCGGCUUUUUGCACAAGGGCGAGGGGCAUUUGAGGCAGAUUUUGGAGCAGGAGCAGUGGGUGGAGGUGACUUCGGUCACUUCCAAGGAUAGUUUCGAGGAGAGACUCUUGACCAAUUCGGACUUGGUCAUGAAAAUCGAGUCGAAAGACGUCAACCGACACAUAAAUACAGUAAAACGACAGGUGGAAAUUGUGAAAUUUUUGGCCGAUUGUGAGGCGGCAGGGGUCAACACGCGCGACCUGCUUCGGCAGCUGGUUUUGACCAAAGAUCCUAAAGCCGAGCAGCAAGUGGCGAUUCCGACCCUCUUCGGCACGACUUUGGAGAAGAUCAAUUUGGCUGUGAUGGCUAUAAUUAGUGGCGAAACGGUCGAGGACGGGUUUAAUUUAGCCACAAAGAUCAUUGAGGACUUUAAAUUAAGACCGAUCAAGGUUUAUUGUUUAGCUGGGAAACAGUUUGCGAAAUCUGAGCGCUAUAACGGAAUAACGCAGUUAGUUAACUGUAUCAAAUCAACAGGAAUUAACGAUUCAGCUAUUUCGGAUAUGUUGGAUGAAAUGCUAGCGCACGCUGUGGGGACUUUGAUCAAGGAAAACAUCGAAGGGACCAAAGUCGAGGACUUGAUCAAACUUAUUAACGAUAAGGCUACGAAGAUCUCUGCAUAUAUUGAAGCCAAACAGUUAAAAACGGCGUAUUUCCUGGCCGUUAAGUACAAACGAACGGCUGAUAUUAGGAGGAUUCAGAGGGAGGCUGAGUUGUUAAAUAUGCCAACAAUUAAGGCCCUGUGCCAGAAGGUGCUGCAAAACUCGCCACACACGCAUUCCAAAGACUAACCUGUAAAAUAAACCGGGCUGUGAUGUUACCAAAUCUAUUUUUGUAAAAUUAGUAAAUAAAACUUUAUUGAAAAAAAAUCA